UCGUAUAUGUCAACAAGCCCGGAACUGAGCAACAAACAGCGCUUUGAAUAUUUUACGAGAACGAUACCAUCUGACCAUUACCAAGUCAAAGCUAUGGUUGAGAUCGUCAAAAAGUUCGGGUGGAGCUACGUUUCCAUAGUUUACGAAGAGUCCAACUACGGAAUAAAAGCAUUUGAAGAACUUGAGGUUCUUCUAAGCAAGAACGACAUCUGUAUUGCCGUGAAGGAGAAGCUUGUCAAGGACUCAGGCGUCGCGUCGGAAGCCGCUUACGACAAUAUAAUUUUACACCUUCAGACCAAACCUAGAGCACGGGGAGUGAUCAUCUUUGGCUCUGACCAGGAAGUGGCUGAAAUGAUGAGGGCGGUGAGACGUUGCAACGCGACCGGUAUAUUUUCCUGGAUCGGCUCAGACGGAUGGAGCGCCAGGGAUUUGGUCUCGAUUGGAAACGAACCAGAAGUCGAAGGGACACUUUCGGUCCAACCGCAGGCCAACCCCGUGAAAGGGUUCGAAGAGUAUUUUCUAAAUCUGACGGUUGAAAACAACAAGCGGAACCCAUGGUUCGUCGAGUUCUGGGAAGAUCAUUUUCAGUGCAAAUAUCCGAACAGUUCGUUCACUCCGUACAACACCAAGUACAAGAAGACAUGUACGACCAAGGAGCGUCUCACGAGGGAGAACACCACGUUCGAAAAUCAGCUUCAGUUCGUGUCCGACGCUGUUAUGGCGAUUUGCGUCGCACUCAGGAACAUGCACGCCGAGUUUUGCGGUAACACGCGCGACCUGUGCGAUAGGAUGAAACCGACCAAGGGUCACGAUCUGCUCCGAUAUCUGAAAAACGUCCAGUUUACAGGCCUGUCCGGUGAUGAAUUCCGGUUCGACGCCAACGGAGACGGCCCUGCCAGGUACAACAUUAUUCAUUUCAAACAAAACACACCUGGGAAUUAUCAAUGGGUCCCGGUCGGUGAAUACGUCGAAGGAGAGCUGAGAAUGAACGAAACUGAAAUUCAAUUUAAACUUGGGCACUCUUCUGUUUUACCGGAGUCCGUUUGUUCACUGCCUUGCGAAGUUGGACAGGCGAAAACGUACGUCGAAGGCGAAAGCUGCUGCUGGCACUGCUUCAACUGCAGCCAAUAUCAGAUAAGAGACCCGGUCGACGAGACGAAGUGCAUAGUCUGCGAUCUGGGCAAGAUCCCAGAUUCGACUCACCAGAAAUGCCUGGAUAUCCCUGAGGAAUUCUUGAAGGCGGAUUCACCUUGGGCAAUCGGGGCGAUGACUUUCUCGGCGACUAUGAUCGUCGUCACUCUGCUGAUAUUUGCGGUUUUCCUGAGGCACAACGAUACUCCGGUCGUCAAAGCGGCAGGGCGAGAGCUGACCUACGUCCUCCUCACAGGCAUUCUGCUGUGUUUCCUCAUGACUUUCAUACUAGUCCUCAAACCGACAGACGUCGUCUGCGCUUUCCAAAGGUUUGGCGCUGGGUUUUGCUUUGCCGUCGUUUACGCCGCACUGCUCACAAAAACGAACAGGAUUUCGAGGAUCUUCAACGCAAGCAAACGAACGGCCAAAAGACCCAACUUCAUCACACCUCGUUCUCAGCUGAUCAUCUGCUCCGGCCUUGUAUCAGUUCAGGUGUUGGUCAAUGUUGUUUGGAUGUUGGUUUCUCCGCCGAAGGCCAUCCAUCAUUAUCCGACGAGGGAGGACAACCUGCUCGUCUGUUCGUCCUACGUCGACGCGUCUUACAUGAUCGCCUUCGGCUACCCCAUCUUCCUCAUAGUCGUAUGCACCGUGUACGCGGUCCUCACGAGGAACAUCCCCGAGGCCUUCAACGAAUCCAAGCACAUAGGAUUCACCAUGUACACGGCGUGCGUGAUCUGGCUCGCUUUCGUCCCCUUGUACUUCGCGACGGUGAACCACAUACCGAUGAGGAUCAUAAGCAUGUCGGUCGCCAUCAGCUUGUCGGCUUGCGUUACCAUCUUCUGCUUAUUUUCACCAAAGUUAUACAUCAUAAUCAUAAGGCCAGAAAGGAACGUGAGGCAGAGCAUGAUGCCUAACUACAAGCAGUGCGUAAACAAAACUAGCUCAACUGGAAAUAAGUCAUCAAAUAUCCCUAGUUCUACGAAACCUGAGAGCAAAGACGUGCCCAAGUUGGAAAAUAGGGAAACUCAGACGGAAUGCGACGGAGAGAAAAUCGCCGGGGAGAAUAAAAAAUAGCGGACGGGUGGAAAACAUAACUUGAACGGUACCAAAUCUGCCCCCGUCUGAGACUCCCACAAUGGGGGUGAUCCUCGCAUCUCCGGGCGGUCUCGGAUUGCGAUAAAAUGGGAAACAGGGCCAAAACCCCUCCGGGGGACGAUAUGAACCGGCCCGAUACUUCCAGGCCGCCGUAACUUACACAGGGUAAAAUUGUUCGAUGUGUUGUAAAAGUCGGAGUUGCUCAUUUUUCGCCAGACUCGAUUUUUAUUUGACUUCGACGGCGCGGCGUCAUAUUUGAUAUAGCUAACAAUUUUAACUUUCAUGAGAACAAAACUUUUAGACAUGGCAAUACACCCUCAAAAUUAUAUUCUUCGGAUUUUUCCCCCUUAAGCUUAAUGAAAAUUUAUUGCAUCUUGUUUAAAAAUAG